CUUUCCAGUACCAGGGUAUUUAGUUAAGCAGAUUGUGUUUUUUCUCACCCGGAGAUGAUCUGUCUUGGCGGCCGUUAGUGACAAGUGGCUUGGAGGACAGCAGAAUAGCACGAACAGAGAUAAGAACAUGUACACAAAUAACAUCAUAGCAAGAUGGGAUACAGCACUACCAGGAUCAUUAAAACCGGUGCAGAUAAAUGAAAAACUAGCAGCGUUGGACCAGCGACACCUCCGUCCACUGCACUGACCAUGGGAAGGGCAGAGGAAAUACAUGCAUGGACUGUAAAAAUGAUCACUCCCAGUGUUUUGGCAGUGGUGACGGUCUUUUCUAUGAUUCCUGGCGGGGUGCUGAGUGAUACGAGAGGCACUCAGGGUCUGGAAGCCCAACAACUGGCCCAGGGGUCUACUGUUCUGCACCGUCGCCUGAGGAGAGGUUGGAUCUGGAAACAACUGUUUGUCCCCGAGGAAGAUCCCACUCUUCGUGUUAUUGGCCAGCUCAAAUCUGACUCUGAUCGAGGCGAGUUUUCCAUCAAGUACAUAUUAUCAGGGGAAGGUGCUGGAGAUGUGUUUGAGAUAGACGAGUAUUCUGGUGAGAUAAGAACUCUGAAGAAACUCGACCGAGAGGAAAAGGCCUUCUACGUCCUUCAAGCCCUGGCUAUCAACAGGAAGACCAAUGAACCAGAGGAGCCCCAGUCGGAGUUCAUCAUCAAAGUGCAAGACAUCAAUGAUAAUGUACCCCAGUUCCAGAACGAGCCCUAUGUGUCCAGCAUCCCUGAAAUGAGCCCUGUUGGGACCACAGUGGCCCAGGUGACAGCCACAGAUGCGGAUGAUCCCAUGUUUGGAAACAACGCUAAGCUCAUUUACUCCAUCCUGCAGGGGGAGCCCUACUUCUCUGUGGAGCCAAAGACAGGAAUCAUUGUAACAUCAUGGCCGAAUAUGGACCGUGAAACCAGAGAGGAGUACUUGGUGAUAGUACAGGUGAAGGAUAUGCUGGGCCUCAGUGGUGGUUACUCCUCUACCACCACAGUCACCGUCAGCCUGACUGAUGUCAAUGACAACGGACCCACAUUCCACCACCAUGUGUACUCCUUUGCUGUCCCAGAAAAUGCAGCCUUAGGCACCACAGUUGGCAGGAUUAUGGCAGAGGAUGGAGAUGUCGGCAUCAAUGCCAGAAUGACAUACAGGCUGGAGGAUGACCUAGAAGAAAGUGCCACUUUUACCAUCGAAACAGACCCAGUAACACAGGAAGGCGUGGUUCUGCUAGCCAAGACUUUGGACUAUGAAUCCAAGAGACGCUAUGUUGUGGCUGCAGAGGCAGUCAACAAUCACGUUGACACUCGCUAUCUGACUCUGGAUGAGUUCAGCGACAGGACAACGCUCAAGAUUGUUGUGGAGGAUGUAGAUGAGCCUCCUGUUUUCCUCUCUGCAGCCUACGAGUGGAAAGUUCCUGAAAAUGUGGCCGUGGGAACAGUGGUUGGCAGCGUUAGUGCCAGAGAUACUGACACAGUCAACAAUCCCAUCAGAAAACAACCUUUCCUGCUAAAUGUGCCUUGCUGUGAAUUUCCAUCCAGAUACUCAAUUGACAAGAGGAGCGAUGCCACAAAAGCUUUCAAAAUAGACCCGAACAAUGGAACCAUAGCAGUCGUGAAAGCUUUGGACCGAGAGACUGCUGACUGGCACAAUGUUACUGUUGAAGCCAAAGAAACAACGCAGAACCAUUUAUCCUCCUCUGUGGUGAUGUUCAUCAAAGUGCUGGACAUAAACGACAAUGUGCCAAGGCUUGCAAGAGAUUACCACCCAUAUAUCUGUGAGGGCACGCAGGCGGGAGAACUUAUUCAGCUUCUCAGUGCUGUUGACUCGGACGACCCUGUGGACGGACACCACUUCUACUUUUCCAUGGUCCCUGACAAGCACAUCAAUCCAAACUUCACAAUCAGAGAUAAUCAAGACAAUACAGCUGGCAUAGUGGCCCGCAGGAGUACUUUCACCCGGAAGGAUCGAACACAGUAUCUCCUGCCGGUGGUGGUGGCAGAUAGUGGUUCUCCAGCUCUCUCCAGCACCAACACUUUGACCAUCAGUGUGUGCAGCUGUCAACCUGCUGGCCAUUGUCCCACAGGAGGAGUCGAGGCCUUCGCUCUGUCCAUGGGGGUCAGCAUGCAAACCUUGUUAGGAAUUCUGGUCUGUCUGGUCACUUUUACAGUGCUGUCAGUUCUAAUGCUGAUGGUGUGGAGACACAGGCGGAAACAGCGGGAGGGGCUGCAUGAGGAGGUGAAGGAGCUGGAGCUACCGGAGACCAUAUCACAGAAGGUGCUUUAUUACGGGGAAACAGCAGAGGGAGGAGCUGGCCUGGACUUCUACCAGCCCGUAGUACCAUUGCGCCCCCACCCCAGGAGGAGGGAGAGAAAGCUAUGGAGGGAGGAUGUUAGAGCCAGCAUACGGAUGUCACUUCGGGAGUCACACCUCAUUGGGCCUGAGGACGAGGUCUUCAGGCAGUUUAUUCUGGACAGGCUGGCUGAAGCCGAUCAGGAUCCGUAUGUUCCACCAUUUGACUGCCUUCAAACAUAUUCAUAUGAGGGGUCAGGGUCUCCCACAGGGUCUUUGAGCUCAUUGGACUCUUCAACUUUGGAAAAUGAACCAGAGCAACCUGUUUGUAAUUCUAGACAAACUUUGACAAGACUCACUCCAUGGUAUGGAGGAGCAAAGGAGGACACAAUCUUCUGAGAACAUCUUCUAUUUUUAAAUGACUUUUCACAUCAAAUCUGGGUGAUAUAGGAGGUUGAGUGUGUUAAGUACAACAUUUUUGGAAUAGCUUGCCUGAUUUGCCCUAUAAGCAUUUUGUUUUUAUCUUUGGGCAUACUGAGUUGGCUUUCCUUCUCUGUUCUCAGGCUUUAUGCUAUGCUAAACAUAAGUCCUUCAUUCUAAAGAUAAAAUCAACCUUUAGUGCUGGCGUGCUUCACAUAUCUGGAGCAAUUUUCAUUUGCUGUAUUGUUUACUCUGUUUAUAACUUAAAUUAUGCAGUAUAUAUACAGUACAUCAUUUGUGUCACAAUGUAGCUUAAAAGCAUUAAUUAUUUAUGUAACUAAACGAUGGUUAUAUUACAUAACUGUGCUUCAAAAUCCAAGGCUAAAAUGUACUGAUAUUCCAUUAUGCACUAAAGCUGAAUGAAAUAGCCAUGUGACAGAAACCACUAGAAAAAAAAAUAAUAAUAAAAAAUAAAUAAAUAAAUAAAUAAAAUUUGCAGUUCUACCAGCUUUUCCUGGACCUCAAAAUCUAAGUCAAUCCCUAGAGGCUAUAAAGUUUGAAUUCCUAACUUUACAGAAAUAAACACAUUUAAAAUAAACUGUGUAUAAUUGAUGUAAAAAUGGACCAACUUGGCUGCAAUAAAGGAGACAUUUUUUCUCUCCCCCACACAUUUUUUUUUUUAUUAUUAUUAUUUAUUUAUUUAUUCAGCAUAUUAAUGCAUCUUCUAUUUUUUUUAACUGCAAUACCAAAGACAGAAAUUAAAACAUUUUCUUUUAAAAUUAGGAUUUUACAGCUCUUUUCAUUGCAGUUGAUUUUGAGGAGUGGGAUGAGUGACUCAUUGUCAUGCCCCUCCCUCAUUAUGCAGAGUGGGCUCAUGACAUCAUCAUUUCAGGAAAGAUGUGCAUGGAUUGUAAAUACUCAAAAGAAAUUGUGUCAUUUGUAGAUUUAUUUACCUUGCAACCCAAUGUAAAAUGAACAUUUUUGAUUCCAUGCAUACAAAAAGUCCUCAUAUUUUUAGCACAUACACUGAAACUCGUCUCCGUGCAGCCUCAGUUUAACAAGCUACUGGCAGAGCAUUGUUAGCUUAUUCCUUUCUUAAGUAAACUCUAUAACUGCUGAUAACAAAUUGCUGAUAAUAGUGAAGCUAAAACAAAAAAAAAGAAAGCAAAUCUAAUAUGAUUUGAAUUUCAAGUUGGUUUGAGAUAAGAUUAAGAGGGUGGGUUAUUCUCUGAACAGGGAGUGUGAUAUAUGUAUAUUUCUUGUCAGACUGUUUGAGUAAGACUUCACAUACUCAGAAACAUGCUCUUGAGAAGUAAAAUAAAAACAAAUAUUACGUAACUGUCAGAUCUGUCCCUUUUAUAUCACUUCUGUCGCCAAUCAUCGACACCACUGACAGACUCUGUGUGUACUUCAUAAACCAGUCAGUGAUGUUGUCGUGGUUACACUCAUGUUUAUAUCCAUAAUGUACACACACUGCAAAUUUCAGUCUUGGUCUCUUACAAAAUAACAUGCAGAAAACUCUUUGAGCUGUAUCAUGUUUUCCUUGUAGAGAAACAACAUGUGUUAAUUCAAAGGUUCAAGGGUUCAAGAUUUGCUUUAUUGUUCCCAGUGGGGCAACUGAUUUUUCAGCCCAAAUGACAGCCAGAUAACAACACAACUAUAACAAGACUAACAAAACAAAUAAAUAAAAAGUCACCUCACCAUAGUUAAGUGCAAUGGCCACACAGAAAAAAAGAGUUUAAAUCAGUUUGUCCUUGCCCGUGGCAAAUCUACGACAACGUCAUAAAGUUACCAUGAAGGCAACAUUAAUAUAAUCCUUUAAAGUUUUUGCAAUAAAUUUGUAAGCAGCAGGUGUUUGCAUAUGAGCUGAAACAAAGGAGCAUUAACUUUAAUUUAAAAUCAGACUACAAGAGUACCAGAUUCUUUAGCUUGUUGGCUUCAAUAUGGCAACACUGCGUUUAGCUAGAACAGUGGUUCUCAAAAUGUGGGGCGGGUCCCCCUGGGGGGGCAUGGCAACAUGACAUGACAUGACAUAUGGGAUUGGGAAAAUGCAGCAGACAAACUAAUGUUUUGACAACUUGGGCUCUUGGAAACAAGAGUGAGAGUGUGCUAGUCCACACUCCAGAUCACUUGGUGGCAGCAAUGCACCAAGUUGUUGUGCCAACCACCCAAAAAUAUAAAUAAAAAAGAAGAAGAACUACAGAACAGAGAUCAGGGUUUAAUGAAUGCAUCAAAGGUAGAAAAGAAAUAGAGAGAUGGAAAAAAACAGGAUGAAAGAGGGCAGAUAUCUUGCUCCUGGUUUAACAGUAAAUGUGCUUCUUAUUAUAUCUCCCUUACGUCUGUGAUGUUAUGAGUAUCAGUAUAGUAAGUUAUAUAUAUAUAUAUAUAUAUAUAUAUAUAUAUAUAUAUACCUGGUGCCCUCAUUCUGUUUAUAUAAGGGUGGGGGUGUUGGGAAUGUUUAUUCCUCCAAAGGGGGGCAUGGUAGAAAAGGUUGCGAACCACUGAGCUAGGAGCUUUGUCUGUUGUGUUGCACUAAGUGCAGAGCGGGUUUGCUGUACUGGUUUCUGUUGAAAGGCUCUGCUGUCCAUAAAAAGUGGACUGUGAGAACAGUGUAAAACGCUCUUUAAGCUGAAAGGAAACACAAAAUCGAUACACUUCUCCUUUGGUUUGCCGCUUUAAUGCACCGCAUGCUCAUUGCUCUUUAAGUAUUAUUUAAUUUUCAAAUAAAAAUAAUUGUUUUGAUGUAUGGUUUAUUUAGUUGCUAUUUUAUAUUAAGCAGUUUUGCUCAUGACAGUUGACAUAUUGUGCAUGCAUUUGUACUUUGUAUGAUGAAUAAAUUUCCCAUGUAAAUGUUUAAAACAUUUUUGUCAUGAUUACCCCUACUCUUCAAAAUAUUAUAAUAAAUGCAAAGAACA